AUGAAUAUUCUCCUAUCGACCAAACCAGAGAGAAGGAUUGCAAUCGUUUCCAGCUCUUAUGCUUUAGUCUUAAAAUCUGUCAGCGAAGAUCCUACCAAGAAACCACUAUGCGCCAUUGAAUUAGUCCCCAAAGAAGAUUUAAAAAAUCAAGGUUUCCAAAAACUUACUACAAACGAAGUGUUCGGUUUCAUUGGUUUAAUUGAAAUUAACGGUUGCCUAUUUGUUGGUACUAUUACUGGAAAAUCAAGAGUAGCACAACCAAUCCCCGGUGAAACUGUCAAUAAAAUAUUCGCAGUGGAUUUUUUCUGUUUGAAUAAUAAUACGUGGGAUUUCUUUGAAAUUGAUUCUUCUGGCUAUCCAAUCUUACCAGAAACAGAAUCUCAAGAAUUUCAAGAAGCAUUACCUAAGCAUCCAUGUUUUGAACUUCGGAAAUUACUCUCAAAUGGUUCAUUUUAUUUUAGUUCUAAUUUUGACUUGACUUCCACGUUACAAAAUCGUGGGUUUAAUGAACAUUCUUUAAGUGUAGAUAAUUUUGAAGAUGAAUAUAUGUGGAAUUCGUUUCUCAUGCAAGAAAUUAUUACAUAUAGAGAUAGACUUGAUGCUACAGCAAAACAAGUCUUAGACGAUGAGGGAUUCCUAACUACAGUUAUUAGAGGAUUUGCUGAAACUUUCAUCACUUUUGUAAAGAAAUUGAAAGUUGCAAUUACCACCAUAUCUAAACAGAGUUGGAAAAGAGCUGGGACAAGAUUCAACGCUCGUGGUGUUGAUGAUGAAGCUAAUGUGGCAAAUUUCGUUGAGACUGAAUUUAUCAUGUAUUCUAAUCAUUAUUGUUAUUCUUUCACACAAAUUAGAGGAAGUAUCCCGGUCUUCUGGGAACAAGAUACAUCAUUAAUUAAUCCAAAAGUUCAAAUAACAAGGUCUAUGGAAGCUACACAACCGAUAUUUGAUAAACAUUUCUUGAAAUCAAUCGAAAAAUAUGGACCAGUCCAUAUCGUUAACUUAUUAUCGACAAAAUCAUCAGAAAUUGAAUUAUCACAACGCUAUAAAGAUCAUAUUACAAAUUCAAAAAAAUUACGUAUGGAUGAUAAUGUCUUUUGGACUGGGUUUGAUUUCCAUAAAGAGACCGCGCAGGAAGGGUUUUCUGCUGUUAAACGUAUCAUACCAUUGAUCUCCGAAUCAUUACUGACUGAAGGUUAUUUUUCAUAUGAUGUGAAGGAGAAGAAAGUACUCUCUGAACAACAUGGUAUUUUUAGAACAAAUUGUUUAGAUUGUUUAGAUAGAACAAAUCUAGUUCAACAAACCAUAUCAUUUUUUGCUUUCAGAACCUUCUUGGAAGAUUUCAAUUUAAUUACCACAAAUACUUAUAUCGAUGACGAUGAUUUCGUAAAUAAACAUAAUACACUUUGGGCUGAUCAUGGUGACCAAAUCUCACAAAUAUACACUGGUACCAAUGCUUUAAAAUCUUCCUUUUCUAGGAAAGGGAAAAUGUCUCUUGCAGGGGCACUAUCAGAUGCAACUAAAUCAGUUAGUCGAAUGUACAUUAAUAACUUUAUGGAUAAGGGAAAGCAGCAAAAUAUUGAUACUUUGCUUGGUCGUCUACCACAUCAAAAUGCAGUUCAAUUAUAUGAUCCAAUUAGUGAUUAUGUUUUUUCAAAAUUGGAAGAUCUUUCAGAGAAGUUUACAUCAUACUCAACAAUUAAUCUUUUAGUGGGUACAUUUAAUGUAAACGGUGCAACUGAGAAAGCUGAUCUUACAAAAUGGCUGUUUCCAAUAGGUGAUAAAUUUAAGCCAGAUAUUAUUGUCUUAGGGCUACAAGAAGUUAUUGAGUUGACUGCAGGUUCAAUAUUAAAUGCAGAUUAUACUAAAGGUUCCUUUUGGGAAACUAUGGUAACAGAAUGCUUGAACAAGUUUAAUGAGAAAUAUUUAUUAUUGAGAGUCGAACAAAUGACGUCAUUAGUUAUUUUGUUUUUUGUCAAAGCUGAUAAAUCGAACAACAUCAAACAAGUAGAAGGUGCCACAAAAAAAACUGGAUUUGGUGGGAUGACAGGGAAUAAAGGUGCGGUUGCAAUUAGAUUCGAAUAUGGUAAUACAUCAUUUUGUUUCGUUAAUACACAUUUGGCAGCUGGGGUUAACAACGUCGAUGAACGUCGUACUGAUUAUGAGAAUAUUGAGAAAGGAAUUACUUUUACAAGAUCAAAGAGAAUAGCACAUCAUGAUUCUAUUUUCUGGUUAGGUGACAUGAACUACAGAAUCAAUUUGUCGAAUGAAGAAGUGAGACGAGAAAUAUUGCAGAAGUCUGAAGGAUAUAUUGACCGCUUAUUAAGAUUUGAUCAAUUAAGCCAAGAAAUUGCGGCAGGUAAUGUAUUUCCCGGCUUUAAAGAACCAACUUUAAAAUUCCCACCUACUUAUAAAUAUGACCAUGGGACAAAUAUUUACGACUCUUCAGAGAAGGCAAGAACUCCAUCAUGGACUGAUAGAAUUGUUUAUAAAGGUGAAAACUUACAUCCAUUAGCCUAUUCAGAUGCACAACUAUUGAUAAGUGAUCAUAAACCUGUAUUUAGUGCUUACAGAGCAAAAGUGAUAUCUACAAACGAAGAAGCUAAAUUACAAUUAACAAAACAACUUUAUAUUGACUAUAAGAAGAUGCAUCCGGAUGAAACUACAAACUUAAGCUCUCAAUUAAUCAACUUGGGUCUCGAAGAUAAAGAGUUAACUGGGAGAAGGUUAUCAAACAAAUCUAAAGAUAUUAGUUUAAUAGAUUUCGCCAACGAUAGUUCUGAAUCAAGCACUCCUAUCUCUACAUUAUCCUCUAAACCUUCAUCCUUAAGCAUCAGCAACAUAAUUGAAAAUCCCACGGAACCUCAAAUGCAAAGGAAGAAGCCUAUACUUCGUCCACCACCUCCUCCAGCAGCAAAACCACUUCCUUCACGUAGCGUCACUGCAUCACCAUCUCAAUCAAAUUCUGAAAUACCAGAAACGAAAUCUGCUCAUAUAGGAGUAACAGCGGCUCAGACCAAUAUGAAGACAUCAAGUGAAACUGAGCUUGUUAGGAAGAAACCACCACCAGGGUUUAGUGAUUUUGUACUAACGCCUAAAAAUAGUAGUGGAAAAGGGUCUCCUCUUACUUCCAGUUCGGCUGUGAAUCUGGUGGCUUCUAAGCCCAAAGAUGAAGAAACAAGUACAGUUGAUGAAAAACAUGAAGAAGCUACUGAAGAGAAGAAAGAGCCAUCAUCUGUCUUAGCAGACAAAACCUUGGAUACAUGGCAACCUUUGACUCCAAAAUAG